GCCGGCAGGCUGUGCACCUGCGCCUCGGCGGGCCGCCUGGGGCACCGUCCCCGGCCCGCCCGGCCCCGCCAUGGCCAGGCCGCAGAGGACCCCAGCGCGCAGUCCGGACAGCAUCGUGGAGGUGAAGAGCAAAUUUGAUGCCGAGUUCCGACGCUUUGCACUGCCCCGCGCUUCGGUGAGCGGCUUCCAGGAGUUCUCCCGGUUCCUGCGCGCGGUGCAUCAGAUCCCCGGCCUGGACGUGCUGCUGGGCUACACUGACGCUCAUGGCGACCUGCUGCCCCUCACUAACGACGAUAGCCUGCACCGGGCCCUGGCCAGCGGCCCCCCACCGCUGCGCCUGCUGGUGCAGAAGCGGGCAGAAGCUGACUCCGGUGGCCUGGUCUUUGCCUCCAACUCCCUGCAGCGGCGGAAGAAAGGGCUCCUGCUGCGGCCCGUGGCCCCCCUGCGCAGCCGCCCCCCCCUGCUCAUCAGCCUGCCCCAAGAUUUCCGGCAGGUUUCCUCUGUCAUCGACGUGGACCUCCUGCCCGAGACACACCGGAGGGUACGGCUUCACAAACAUGGUUCGGACCGCCCUCUUGGCUUCUACAUCCGAGAUGGCACGAGUGUGCGCGUGGCUCCCCAGGGUCUGGAGCGGGUCCCGGGCAUCUUCAUCUCCCGCCUGGUACGCGGGGGUCUUGCUGAGCGAACAGGGCUGCUGGCGGUCAGUGACGAGAUCCUGGAGGUCAAUGGCAUUGAAGUGGCCGGCAAGACCUUGGACCAGGUGACGGACAUGAUGGUCGCCAACAGCCACAACCUCAUCGUCACGGUCAAGCCUGCCAACCAGCGCAACAACGUGGUACGGGGGGCAUCUGGGCGUCUGACGGGGCCUCCCUCUGUCCGGCCUGGGCCUCCUGAGCCCGACAGCGAUGAGGACAAUGGCGACCUGGUCAUUGAGAACCGCCAGCCUCCCUGUUCCAAUGGGCUGUCCCAGGGACCCCCGUGCUGGAGCCUGCGCCCUGGCCGGUUGCCCCCGGGUGCUCGAAGCUCUCUGCCCUCCCUGGAUGAUCAGGGGCAGGCCAGCUCUGGCUGGGGAGGUGGCAUUCGAGGAGAUGGCAGUGGCUUCAGCCUCUGACAGGAAGAGAAUUUGCCCCUCGCCACGCCAUGCUGCUGGGGCAGUGGGGAAACUGCCCGGGUGGGGACUUUGAGCUUGCUCACAGGACCCUCUCAGCCUGGAGAACAUUAAAGGUUUUCUACAAAUGCA